AUGCUCUCACGCUCGCUACUCUUGGCCCUCACGGCCUCAGCUGCCACAGCCAACGUCAUUCCCCGCCAGGACGCGACCACGUGCACAAGCCCGGUCGUCCGCAAGGAGUGGCGCGAGCUAAGCACGGCAGAGAAGACCGACUACCUCAAGGCUGCCGUAUGUGUGCGCAACCUGCCCAAGCAGAAGUAUGCCGAGGUCGAUGCCGUCAAGACACGCAUGGACGACCUGACCUACACGCACUUGACUCUGAACCAGCAGAUCCACUUCGUCGCCAACUUCCUCCCCUGGCACCGGUGGUACGUCCAGCUGCACGAAGACAUGCUGCGCGACGAGUGCGGCUACACGGGCCGCCAGCCGUACUGGGACUGGUCCAUCGAGUCCGACACCAACACGAUGCCCGUCUCGCCCAUCUGGGACGCCGAGACGGGCUUCGGCGGCAACGGCGUGCUGACGGGCAACCAGACGCGCGGCUUUUCGCGCUGCGUCAUGGACGGGCCCUUUGCCAACACCACCUACACCCUGGGGCCGGGCUGGCCCAACAUUAACGACGUGGUUAACGAGGAGCACUGCUUCGCGCGCGAGUGGAACGGCGGCCUCGGCAGAGACCCGGCCACCGGCGAGCAGAUCAUCGACGAUAUGCAGGCCGCCGCCUACAGCACCACCGUCAUGCGCACAAUCCACAACUUCAACAACUACUAUCGUAUGUCCGAGAUGCUCGAGGGCCUCCCGCACGCCCAGGUCCACAGCAUUAUCCACGGCGACAUGGGCCCGGCGACGUCGCCCAAUGAGCCUCUGUUCAUGUUGCACCAUGCUAACGUUGAUAGGGCCUGGGCCAGAUGGCAGGGCCGCAACGAGACCCGCCUGGCCGACUACAGCGGCUUCAACGACCGCGUCACGCUGAGCAUCCGCGCGUCCAUCGACGACGAGAUGCCCGUGCUCGAGCUGGCCGACACCAAGCCCGUGGUCAGGGACUACAUGGACACGAUGGCGGGCCCGCUGUGCUACACGUACUCGAAGAUGACUCUGUAG